AUGGCGCAAAACAAUCAGAUCCGUGAGCAGGUAGAGCUUGCCAUGGCCAAUAUCCUCGUGCGCACGCCAUCUGCCGUUUCGCGCUUUCCAGAUGAUAUAAUCAACAGCGAGGAGAUGCUCAAUACGCGAGAGCUUUCCAUGUUCAUCGAUCUUUCCCACCUCGAGAACCAGGUCGAACAUCGUGAUGCAGACCUCGUACCCACAAUAUCCGACUGGCGAAGAUUCUGGAGGCUGGUGUUCCGACGAUGGAACACGACUCAUCCAGACAACGAAAGCCCCAUUUUCGUCGGUGAUCUCUCUUCUGAAACUGCCGUCAAAGUCGGUUCUUUGACGUGCAAUCACCCACCCAACAAGGCCUACCCUGGGCCACAGCCAAAAUGGCGACAAGAGGGAGCUGAUGUUUUCCUCGGCGUCUCCAUUCCUCAGUGGCAGGGCUGGAUGGACCUUCUAUGGAAAGACUCCAAGGGGAAGCCGGUCAAACCAUCGAUUGUCAAGCUCGAUAUGGAUCUUUGCGAAUGCCUCGAUCUUGCUAUCUCACGAUACGAUCGGUGUGUCCAGGACCGUGUUGAAAAGUACAAUGAGGAUUGUAUCAUUGCUACUGCUCGCCGACGCCUUGUCCACUUCGCCAAGAUGGGCACUGGCCGUGAGCCACGCAUUCUCUCUGGAAAUGAAGCACCCAUUUUGAUGCCUGUUGUACUUGCUGGAGACCGUGCCGAAAACAUGGCCAACACAUUCGCCAACCUGAAGGAUAUGCGAGACCUGCGGGCCAACUAA